UUGAAAUACUGCAGGGACCAGAUUGAGGAAUGGUCUGCGGCUGAGGCAAAUCUUUUCGAGGAUGCUCUCGAAAAAUACGGAAAAGAUUUUUCGGAUGUACGAGUCGAUUUUCUUCCUUGGAAAUCUCCUCGUGACAUAGUUGAGUAUUAUUACAUGUGGAAGACUACAAAUCGAUAUGUCGAGCAGAAGAAGAAGAAGAAUGCAGAGCACGAGAGCAAGCUCAAGCAGGUUUACAUUCCGAAUCACUCUAAAACGGCUGGAACAGCGGUAAAAGGAACUGAACCAUGUGAAGGUUGCAAGAUCACGGAAAGCAGUGCUUGGCAUGCUUGGGGACCGACUAAUUUGCAGUUACGACUUUGCCAAGACUGCUGGUGGUAUUGGAAAAAAUAUGGUGGCCUGAAGGAACGCCAUCAACAUGUGUUGUUCCAACGCCUGCGUCCGCUAGUAAAUUUCCUAUUUUCCCCUUAUGUGUUCGACCAAAACAUGCUGAGAAGUAAGCGUUGUACCCCAUUGCUGUUCAACUGUGUUGCAUUUGCUCGUGAAAAUAGUAUAAUCUCGCUAUACAAUCGUCUCGUGAAGAAGGUUCUUACAGCUAUAGGUUCUAUACUGCUUAAUCUCGCCGUGGAUCCCUCGUGUUCCAUCAGCUAA